AAUGAAUCCUGUGGUGAGCAGGGUUCAGAUCAGGGCUGACGCCGUGUCCGCGACUGCCAUAAAGACAGAGGCGAGAUAAACGAGGAAGAAAUUACAGUCGAGUGUGCAGGAACCUGCACUGGAGCCGGAGGUGACGGGCGCAGCGCAGCGGCCGAGCCCCGGUCUGCGCAGGGAGACGGACAUCAGAGCGAGAAACAACCGGAUGCCACCUCAAAGGAACAUCGUGGAUUUUAGAUUCAACAGGGUAACAUUUGAACAGUUGGACUAAAAAAAACACAUCAGCCGAAAUUAAACCAAGUCACAAAAUAAGCGAGCAGCGUCCAGAGCGCGCAGGAGUAGGAUGUGCGUGUUUUCAACCGGGAGAGCAGAGCAGUGCUUUUGAGUAGGUCAUGGCAAACGGAGGGGACCAGUUCGGCCUUGCUGAGCGUCCAGACUCGGACUGCGUGGAUUCUCCGAAAGAGACCAAAGAGGAAAAUCCCAACUCCACCUUAAACUCGCCCGUGUCACCGCAGACGGCCUCCGGCCAACAGGGGAUGGAAGGAAUCAAAGUUUUCCUUCAUGACAGGGAACUUUGGAUGAAGUUUGAUGAAGUGGGAACUGAAAUGAUCAUCACCAAGGCUGGAAGGAGGAUGUUCCCCAGUUACAAGGUGAAGGUGACGGGACUCAACCCAAAAACCAAGUACAUACUCCUCAUGGACAUUGUGCCCGGGGAUGACCACCGCUACAAAUUCGCAGACAACAAAUGGUCAAUCACAGGAAAGGCAGAGCCCGCGAUGCCUGGGAGGCUUUACGUCCACCCGGACUCUCCCGCCACCGGGGCGCACUGGAGCCGCCAGCUCGUCUCUUUUCAGAAGCUCAAACUCACCAACAACCACCUGGACCCCUUUGGACACAUAAUACUCAACUCCAUGCACAAAUACCAGCCUCGCCUCCAUGUUGUCAAGGCGGACGAGAACAAUGGCUUCGGCUCGAAAAACACAGCUUUCUGCACCCAUGUUUUCUCUGAGACCACCUUCAUCGCUGUGACGUCCUACCAGAACCACAAGAUUACACAGUUGAAGAUAGAGAAUAAUCCUUUUGCAAAGGGCUUCAGAGGCAGUGAUGACAAUGAAUUGCACCGCAUGGCCAAGCUACAUGGUAAGGACUAUCCUGUGGUUCCCCGCAGCACCGUCCGUCAGAGAACCUGCUCCACCGGGAGUCCCUUCACUGAGGAGGGUCGGGGUCUGCAGGGCUCUCCAGAGGCUGUCGGGUACCCCUACAGCUGUGAGAACAGCUUAAGUAGCAGCAGUCCUCAGGAGCUGCUAAGCACUCCAUCCGCACACUACACCCUACCCCAUCCUCACCUGCAGCAUGGCCAGGUCUACCACUGCACCAAGAGGAAAGUGGAGGAGAACUGCUCUACAGGAACCCGUCAGUGCUCCUACAAAAAACCCUUCACUGGUAGCUCACCCAGUGAGGGCGAGCCUUACUAUCACCCCUCCCCAUACCCUCCGCCUCCACCCAAUCUAUCCAACAACCCUGCCCUGGGUCUCACUGACUCCCCCUAUAGCUCAGACAUGGGACAGCGUCAGGCCUGCAUGUUUGCUGGCUCAGAGCCCAGACUGGAUGAACUCCGGUGUACAUCCUGGUCCUAUACCUGCCCACUCCCCUCUGCCAUGACCCCCAUGGACCCCUACCCACCUUAUACCCCUCAUCCUCCCUACUGCUCCAGCCCUCAGGGCUCUCGACUCAGCACUGGAGCCCACCAAAGCUCUCCGCCACUGGGAGAACACAUUGGCCAUGACUCCUAUCAAAGCCAGAGCUCUGGACCACUGACUCACAGCUCCCAAAACAUUCAAAGCAGGCAGCUCAGCCCUCCUCUCAGAGAGUAUCCUCGCUACACACCCAACCUGUCUCCUCCUCUUUAUCACACACUAGAGACACACACACACAUCAGGUGUGGAGUCCCAGAGUGGAGUGCAGCCUCCUAACCAAGCCAGAGGACACACCUGAAAGACUGGUUUGUGGAAAGAGACGUAUUGUUUCAAACUUAAUGACCUUUUUAUCUGCUCUUCUGAAUGACACUGCACCCUUCACAGACUAAAUAUAACAUCACCUUUGUAACAUAAUUGUGAAAAGUGUGAUCUUGUGCUCUGUGAAGAGGUCAAACCUGCUAUGUUUCUCCCCUGUGCUGGAUGAAGCAGUGGAUUGUUACAGACUGGACUUGCACAUCCAUGCAAAAAAAAAGUCUAAGCAGCACAAUCAAAGCUGUACUGUAUUGUCUUUUCAUAACCCAAAGACUGGUGGCAUCCAGAUGUUUGCACUGUGAGCCCUGUUUAGGCCAAACGCCGAGCAGCAACAUGGCUGUUUCCCUGUCAAUGACUCCCACUCUUUGCAUUAUGAAGGAUGAAAACUUUGACCCACUGUCAGCCAGGCAGUAACAUUUACUGACCAAAAUAAUCUCAGCUGUCACAGCAGAGCCUGAGGGAGAAGAUUUUUCUCUUUAGUGGAGCAAAGCACAGCUUCAUGUUCAGUCUCAGUGAAGGAAAAAUGGCACGAGUUGUUUGUGUUUGCAUAAAACCUGUCAUCUCAGCUAAAAAAUGCUAGGAGUUAAUUUCUAAUGAGACAGGCAGUAGUAGCUGCAGGCACUGCACCAAGGAGAUAAACAGUUUGUUUAGACCACUAUACAGGCUGAAGGACCUGUAAACACUGUUUCCACUGCAUUCUGGUUAAAUGUGCAACUCAGAAGCAGCAGUCACUGUUGUCCUCUCAGUCACCCCCAUCUGACCAAUCAGCUCCCUCCAUUCACUGACAACCAACCGGUGAGCACCUGCUUCUUUUUCAUCUCCAGGUGAACAGUUAGGGCUGGAGUACAGCGGGUUUUGUGAGUGUGUGCAUAUUUUGGCCCAUUUUUGUUUGUUUCUGAAUUAUUCGUGAGUUCAGUGUUGAUCCUUGACACACAAGGGUUGCUCAGCAAACACAAAGAAAUACAGUGUUGUAAAUGUGCUCAUGUUCAUUCGCCAGUUUUCUUUAUUUAAAGUUAAACGUGGUCCCUGUCAUAUCUGUGCAGAAUUACUCCAGAUGCUUUGACUAGAAUGGGUUAAGUACAUUUCCCUGCAGACUUGAGUAUUGUUUUAUUCCUUGUAGC